AGGGGAACCCAUGGAAUGGAUUUGGGGAAUUUCUGGGGACAGAAAGCGAAAGUUGUGGACCAUAAAUAGCAGGCACACACAGCCUUUCACACUCAUUCCCAGAGCUUGCCCCCCCUCACACCCUCCCUCACGCCUGCAGCCAAGGCUCAGCCUAACUCCUGCGCACACUCUCUCACACACUCCCUUACGCUCACAAGUUGGUGUUUGCCUCUGCCCGCCCUCCAUGGCCCCCCGUAUGGCUGCACUACUGGCCCUCAGCCUGCUGGUUCUCUGCAUCUCCCCCGCUCUGGGUGGUGCCAAUGACGCAGAGGACUGCUGCCUGUCUGUGACCCAGCGCGCCAUCCCUGGGCACCUCGUGCGAGCCUUCCGCUACCUCCUGGUGAAGGAUGGUUGCCGGCUGCCUGCCGUGGUGUUCACCACGAUGAGAGGGCACCAGCUCUGCGCACCCCCAGACCAGCCCUGGGUCACCCGCAUCAUCAGAAGACUGCAGAGAAACCCUGCAAAGAACAAGCGCCAAAGUAAUUAGCCCACAGUGGUCCCAGAGGGAGCCUGGUAUCUGAGAGAAAGCAUGUGAGCCACAGCAACCCAGAGAACCAAGGACCAGAAGGGAGACCCAGGCCUCCAGCAUCUCUGCAUAGACUGAGCCAAGCUGGGCAUGGCCCAGGGUGUUGGUGUGUGAGUGUGGAGCCAACAGACUGCCAUGUUCCCAAUAAAGCCUACCUGGUACCCACAGA